CAGCAUGGUGAAAGACAGUAUAUUGCAUAUUAAUAAAUAGCGCAGUUUUAAAGUCAUAAAAAUUUAAGCGUUUCUUCCUCUUAGAUUUAUAUGGAACCGACUAUGAAACAGAUACUUGAACAUGAGGAUACGAUGAUACAAGAAAGUACUGCACGUUCUUGGUACCGAAAAUCACAUAAUCAUUAUGAGCCGGGAGAACAAAUUACAAGAGAUUAUAAAAAGUCCUUUGAUAAAUGUGUCAGAUUUGGCAAACCACCAAAGAGUCAGGAAUCGAAGUCUCGAAUUAAAAAAAUUUUGACGUGGAUUAAUCACGAACCGGUUACUUUAGUCAAUAGUCAACAAGCAGAAUUCUUACAACGUACUAGAUCCUUUGUCGGACAAGUCAAAGAUCCAGAAACGUCGCAUCUUUAUGUAGAUAUCAUUCACGGUAGGAAGAAUGUCAAAGAUGAAUUAAAUGUAUCUGACAUUUUACGUGGUUUCGAUUUGAAUGAGACAGUGCUUUUCUGGUGGCAAUGUCUACAAGAUUUAAAUGAUUUCCGUCGAAAACUCAAAAAGCGUGAAGUGCCAUUCUUAGACAUAGAGGAUGAAUUUUCUUGUUUGGACAAAGUACAUAUAUCUAUAUCAAAGUAUACAUAUUUAUUAAUAUAUCUAAAUAUAUGAU